CACCUACGUUGAGCAAUUUAUGGACUUUGUCAGGCACCCCGCGUUUGGUAUACUGCCUUGAGCUCCUAUAUUCUUGAAUUUGGCUUCCUGAAGACUCGCUGUGAUGCUUCUUUGUUCGUCUACUCCCGCGGCACUACUCUCUUAUGUUUUUUGGUGUAUGUUGACGACUUGUUACUCACUGACAAUGAUCCUACUACACUCACGACCUUUCAAGAUUCUCUCGCUAACCGUUUCUCACUCAAGGCACUUGGGGAGUCAAUUACUUUCUCGGCAUCGAGGUCGUUCCAACUUCCACCGGCUAUAUCUUAUCUCAACAUAAAUAUAUGGUUGAUGUGCUCCACCCGUUCUCUAUGAUCAAUGCCAAGCCGGCUGACACCUCUCCACUAUCUCUUACUGCCUUUGCCGACUCGAACUAGGCCGACAACCUCGAGGAUCGCUCCUCCACUUCAGGCUAUCUUGUUUACCUUGGCGAUACUCUCAUUUCCUGGUGGUCUCAAAAACAGCGAACUAUGGCCCGGUCUACUACUGAAGCUGAGUAUCGUGUCAUUGCUCAUGCCACUGUGAAAUCGGAGUGGAUUCAGAAUCUUCUCCUUGAGCUCCGCCAUCCUCUUCGAACACCUCCGACCAUUCAUUCCGACAAUCUUGGAGCCACAUAUUUCAGCGCCAAUCCAUUCUUUCACUCCCGUAUGAAGCACCUCGCCUUGGACUAUCAUUUUGUUCAUCAGCUUGUCCAGGACGGCCGGCUACGCGUCACCUAUAUUCCCACGUCUCACCAGCUUGCCAAUGCUCUCACCAAGCCGCUUCCAGCUACGCGUUAUCUCCUCCUCCGAUCCAAGAUUGGCGUUGUUGCGAUACCUCCUCCAUCUUGCGGGGGCAUAUUAAGGAUACAUAAUUAAAACUAUUUUAUUCUCAUUAUUCCCCUGUACACUUGCCAGUCCCUUUCAGUUCCUACUAUUGAGGAACGUGUAGUUGGGUUAGCUACAAAUCCUCCUUGGAUCACUAUAUUAGUUCAUUGGAUAUAUCAAUACAAAUACGAUUAUCUUCCUCCACAAUCUCUCCUUUUGCAACAUUCUUUCACUAAUGACUGAGCAUGAAUUAUUCAUGAGGGACUGAGUUGAUAUAUAGCACGUUCUGGGAGAUGCUACUGUUGCAAGUGGGGAUGUUGGUGAGGCUCGGUGGUGGGGGGGGGGGGGGGGGGGGGGGGGGAGGAAGAGGCGAGUGGGCUUGGGUUAAAUCGUAUUGAGAGCAUAGAGUGAAAUGAAACAUAAUAUACAGGGAGAAGAAAUGAGUGGGCUUUAGCCCAUCUGCCAGUCGUCGUCAAAAAGGGGGAGUGACAGCUCGCCGACGCAUAGUCGCAUACUAAUGCAGAGGAAGGGGGGAAGAUAGAACGCAUGGGUUUCUUUCUCUAAAGUUGACUGCAAUCCGUAACAAAAAAAAAGGGUUAAAGGGAGCAAAAUGAUAUUUUAGCUACUAUUUAGAAUAGUUAAACUAAUGUUUUUUAAUUUAUAAUGUACAUAUUUGUUCAUGAUAAUUCGAUACAAAAAUCCGAUAAAUUUCGAGCAAUUUUCGAGAUGCCUUUUAUUUUUAUUGUUAAAAUAAUUAGUUAAUCAAUUCAAUUGAUGAUUCACAUUUUUUUUUGUUAGUUCACCGCUCACGUCCAUCGACCUACUAUGGUUCUCGAAGCGGUUGUAGGUUACAAUAUUUGGAUAUGACAUGCCUUGUUUGGCACUGCAGGUUCCAUGAACGAUUGUCAACAUUCUCGGUAAAUCUCUCGUAUUUGAUCAUACAGUGAAUGAUUCAACAGCACAGCUGAGAUUUAAGAUAAAUAUCAAAUGACAGAAUACAUGUUAUUAUCUAGCUGAUAGUAACUAUCCUUCAUGUCUACAUUGGUAAAGACAACUGCUAAUCAAGGAGUGGCCAUCCGAUUUGGGUUCAACUCUGUAAACCGAAGUCAAACCGAUCAACACCGAUUUGACACUAAUCAGUUGGAAUUGGAAAGACAAAAGCUCAUAUUUUGGAAAGCAGGAUAUGCACGACCGAACCAGAAUUCCAAUCAAUCGAACCGAGAAAGCCAACUAAAAUAAUCAAAACCAUAUAUUAAGUUGAGUCCACUCUCUAACGGUCCAACUGAUCGCUGCCAGCCCAUCCCUCCUCCUCAACCUAAUUGCACCGCCGGCGCCGACUACCAUCAUCGAUCCCACUUCCACCCUUCACUCCAGGAAACCAAUCAUUCCUUGUCGCAAUAAUUAACCGAGAAAAAACGACAAAAUACCUAAAAACAAAAAUCACACUGUUGGGCUUCUGGAGAUCCAAAUGACCCAAUUUUCUAUGAAUAUCUUAUCCACAGUCCACCCAUAUGGCCAUAUGCAAUAAUGCAUGCAUUAUUGAGGUCUAAUUAUUGAGGUCAUUAACUUCUCUUAAAAAUAAUAGACGUAUGUGGCAAGUCGGUGCAGCGCAAUUGACAUAAUGACAUAUGUUUGUGUGAUAGAGCUUCGCUUUUAAGAACAUCAGUGCAAACAUUUCUUAUUUAUACACAAGGUAACUUCUUUUUUUUUUUUAACAUGGUUUCGCGCUCAGAAAGACAUAUUUGUAUUUGUAGGUUUAUAUGUACUUUCAGAAACCUAUCCAUAUAUUGAUGAUCGACUUUCCUAUAGCAUACUAAAAAAAAUUCUAUGUUGUAUUAAUAUUACUCGAUAAUUGUCCCUCCGAGUACAUCUGGUAUUACUAGAUAAUUGGUCCACAUUUCACAACAAUUUAUCAAAAAAAAAAAUAUAUUAAUUAGAAAUAAAUAAUACUCUCGUUUUAAAUGAAGGUGAUAUUAUUAGGGAAAGAAAUAAUUUUUCAAUAAAUGUUAAGUUUUUAG